UUUUGAAACAUUAAAUUUGGGGGUGAAAGUGUUCGCCCUCUUCAACUUCUCCCCCAUCAUCUUUUUCCUUUAAAUUAGUCUUUAGGGACCACCACCACCACCACGCGCCACCAUCACACCACGCGCUACCAUGGCUUCCCUUCAACUCUUCUCAAACCCCAAUCAUCGUUAAUAAACUCAGCAACCCAAUAUACAUAUAAACACCUCUAUCCCGCCAAUUUUUUUUUUUUUUUUUUUUUUUUGUUUCUCCUCUCAUCCCCAAUUCAAUUUACUGCAGAAUCAUUAAAACCCUAAUUUUUUUUUUCUGAACCAGUUUGCUCAAAUUCUCAAAUAGAGCAUCCCGCCCAACAAUGGCAGGUGUCAACGCAGACCUAAUUUCGCAGUACUUCAAAAAAGGCGCCGACGUCGAAAUCAGCAGCGACGAAGAGGGUUUUCGUGGCUCCUUAUACGCCGGCACCGUAAUUCGGCCCCCCGGAAACCUAACCAGCCGCUCCGCAAAGGUGAUGGUGGAGUACAAGACGUUAAUGGAGGACAAGGCGGGGAAGCGGCGGCUGAGGGAGGAGGUGGAGCUGGUGCAGCUCCGGCCGCCGCCGCCGGAGGAAAACCGGCCGAGCUUCAAGUUCAGCGAUGAGGUGGACGCGUACUACAACGAUGGGUGGUGGGAAGGGAUAAUCACUCAAGUGGUGGGGGAGGAUAAUAAGUAUUCGGUUUUCUUCCGUGGCUCGAGGGAGCAGAUUACAUUCAAGGCCUCCAAUCUGAGGCUCCACCGCGAGUGGGCCAACGGCAUGUGGGUCCCGCCUCUAGAACCGGCCGAACCUUCCCCUGCUGCUGCCGAGACGCCCAAGAGUGAGAGCCGUAGGUCUAAGACUUCGAUUCCAGCUGCUAAGACGCCUAAGAGUGAGGGACGCAGGUCUAAGAAACGUUCGUUGUCAAACGAAGUGGAAGCUAACGAAGAGGUGGUCGAACGUACUUUUAAUCCAGGAGAACAUGUUGAAGUCCAAAACGACGAAGAGGGUUUCGAAGGUGCUUGGUUUGGUGCAACUGUGAUGAAAAACUUAAAAGAAGGCAAGUAUCUGGUCGAGUACCAAACCCUAAGAAACGACGACGACACAAAUUUCCUGAGAGAAGAAGUUGAUAGCCUCCAUAUAAGGCCGGUCCCACCCGAUGUUGAACUGAUUGACCGUUUUGAAGUUGACGAUGAAGUCGAUGCUUCGUGUAAUGAUGGAUGGUGGAGGGGCACGAUUUCCAAAGUCCUUAAAAACGAUAGAUAUUCCGUAUACUUCAAGACUAGUGAUGAGGAAUUGAAGUUCAAUCACAGUGACCUUCGAGUUCAUCAGGAAUGGAUAAACGGCAAAUGGAAUACUGCCUCUAAGGCUUUGAAGUUUUAGCGCGGUGAUGUGGUGCUCGGUCGCAAAAUGGUUCCGGGAGUGUAUAUGUUUUCAUCUCCUGCUGAAAUGUUCUUUGUACCAUAUCUUUUUGUUUUUGUUCGUCUUUUUGAGGGAGUUCUUUGUACCAUAUCGCAACAAUCAUCUUAUGAUAUUUUGGUGAUAAUCACUAUUGAUCAAAUAUGUAGGAACUGGGGCUCCCUUUUUUGUGAGGAAUAUGUAGGAACUGGGACUUGGGAUUAUAGAACUAGUAAUUUUUUUUUAUGGGGCUUGCUAUUAUCAGUGCGGUUUUUACCACUCGCAGUGCAAAAUAAUUCAUUUUUUUUUUCUU